AUGAGGGUCUUCAAUAAGAACCUUCGCCUUCAGGACGUCACCAUCAUGUACUUCAUUGCCCUGGCUGCUCUUAUGGUCAUCCUUGUAGCUUCGUAUCAAGCGCCAAUCAACGCUGUGGAAGUUUCCAGCCUCACACCAAGCCCAUCCAACUCUCUCCCAUAUCUCCCUAUGCCUUUCCGGGUGCCCCUCGACCCACGCGGAGACCUCCAGCUGGCGUGGAACAUCAGCUAUGCCGACCAGCAGGUGUACAUGGAGCUAAGGGUCAGGGAGCUGAAGCACGGCGUCGUCCUGGGCAUGUCUGACCGUGGGGAGCUGACCAACGCUGACCUGGUGGUGCUGUGGGACUCUGGGAGUAAAAGCUACUUUGGGGAUGCAUGGAGUGAUAGUGAGGGCCGGGUUUCACUGGACAGCCAACAAGACUAUGAGUUGAUGGAGGCCAAACAGAAGCCAGAUGGAUUCUACCUGCUGUUCAAAAGACCCUUCAGCACCUGUGAUCCCAGAGAUUACCUCAUAGAGGAGGGGACUGUGCACAUCAUUUAUGGACUCCUGGACCAACCACUCACCUCUUUGGAGCAGCUGAACCUGUCCCGCAUCCACACAGGAGUACAGAGAGUGUUGAUGCUUCGCCCUGACACGCCGUCACCCACCCUGCCACCAGAUGUGGAGACCCUUGAUGUUGUGGCACCGAACGUCAUCAUACCAAAUCAGGAAACCACCUACUGGUGCUUCAUACAGGAGCUGCCUGAAAACAUGCCCAAGAACCAUAUUGUUAUGUAUGAGUCAGUGAUAACUCCAGGUAACGAGGCCAUCGUGCAUCACAUGGAAGUGUUCGAGUGUUCUCCGGAUAUGCGCAAUGUUCCCCAGUACAGUGGCUCCUGCGAUGACAAGAUGAAGCCGGGCAAGCUCAACUUCUGCCGCCAUGUGCUGGCUGCAUGGGCUAUGGGGGCUGAGGCUUUUUACUACCCUCCAGAUGCAGGGCUGGCUAUGGGUGGACCAGGCUCCUCAAGAUUCCUCCGUCUAGAGGUCCACUAUCACAACCCCCUCCUUAUAUCUGGUCGUCGAGACUCAUCUGGAAUAAGGCUACAUUACACACCCAGUCUGCGGCGGUACGAUGCAGGAAUCAUGGAGCUGGGCCUUGUUUAUACUCCAAUCAUGGCUAUCCCACCCAAACAAGACACCUUCUACCUGAGUGGAUAUUGCACCUCCAAGUGCACCAACACUGCUUUGCCUCCAGGGGGGAUUUAUAUAUUUGCAUCCCAGCUGCACACCCACCUUGCAGGGCGUGGGGUGAGGACGGUUUUGGUGAGGGGAGGUAAAGAGCUGGAGGUGGUGCAGGAGGAUCAACACUUCAGUACACACUAUCAGACAAUCCGAGUUCUGAGGAAAAUGGUGAAUGUUUUACCCGGCGACGUGCUUAUAACAAAGUGUACUUAUAACACAGAAGAUAGGAGCAAGCCAACAGUGGGAGGUUUCGGCAUUAUGGAGGAAAUGUGUGUUAACUACAUUCACUACUACCCUCGCACCAAGCUGGAGCUGUGCAAGAGCCACGUUGACCCAGAAUACCUGCAGAAAUACUUUAACUUCAUUAACAGGUUCCACGGAAAUGACCGGUGUGUGUGCGGUGAGGUUAGCGUGACAGAGCAGUAUUCUCAGCUACACUGGGACGCUUUCGCAGGAGAAGUGCUGGAUUCCCUUUACAAUACAGCACCCAUCUCAAUGCACUGCAACCAGUCGACUGCACUCCUCUUUCCUGGAGACUGGGAGAAACAGUCUGUGCCAGAGGUCACCACAGUCCUUGAAAAACCUCGCUAUCCCUGUGAAGGAGGGGCAGCACCCAUUGGACGACCCCCCACACCCACAGCCUGA